AUGGAGAUGGAGGUUUAUGAACAGCAAACACGUGGCAGCGAAGCAGUCAAUAGGAGGGAUAAGGCAGCGAGUGAAGCCGGUAUGACUCUGUCGCUGUUCCCCUCCACCUCCCUCCUCCCACCCAACCGUCCGCUGGAAGCAAACCAUGCAGGUGCAACCCCUCUCGCCGGAACCACCCUCAGCUCCGCACCUGCUGCAGCAGAACUGCUGUAUGGCGGAGCUGUCACAGGCAGGGGUGUGACAGGCGGAGGUGUGACUGGCGGAGGUAUCACAGGAGGAGGUGUGACAGGCGGAGGUAUCACAGGCGGAGGUGUGACAGGCGGAGUUAUCACAGGCGGAGAUGCCGGGUUUGAGACGCCGCAGGCCGUUGGAUCUUCGUCCUCGCGGCUCCGACGGCUGGGAUCCGCCGAGGGGUCGCGCCGGCUGGGGGAUGCUCUGGGGGGUGGUGGGACUGGGAGAGGGGGAGGGGGGAGUGGGGGAGGGGGGAGUGGGGGGAGUGGGGGAGGGACAGGGGGGAGUGGGGGAGGGACAGGGGGGAGUGGGGGAGGGACAGGGGGGAGUGGAGGGAGUGGUGCUGGGGCAGGUAGGAGUGGGGGAAGUGGGACUGGGACAGGGGCAGGGGGGAUUGGCGGAGGGGCAGUGGGGAGUGGCGGAGGGGCAGUGGGGAGUGGCGGAGGGGGAGUGGGGAGUGGCGGAGGGGCAGUGGGGAGUGGCGGAGGGGCAGGGAUAGUGAGGAGCGGGGGAGGAACAGGAGGGAGUGGGUCUGGUGGCGGGGGGGGUGGGAGUGGGGGAGGGGCAGGGGGAAGUGGGGGCGGGGCAGGGGGGAGUGGGGGAGCGGCAGGGGGAAGUGGAGGCGGGCCAGGAGGGAUUGCGGGAAGUGGGAGUGGGGGAGGGGCAGGGGGAGGGGCAGGGGGAGGGGCGAGGGGGGCUGGUGGGCUGCUCCCUGCGAGUGGCUUUACUGGCAGCGGAUUGGGCGGCAGCAGGCUGGCCGGCAGCAAGAUGGGCGGCGUUGGGCUGGCCGGCAGUGGAUUGGCCGGCGGUGGGCUGGGCGGUGGGGGCCUGGGCGGUGGCGGGCUGGGUGGCGGGCUGGGCGGCGGGCUGGGUGGCGGGCUGGGCGGCGGGCUGGGCGGCGGGCUGGGCGGCGGGCUGGGUGGCGGGUCACGGUUGGCUCGUAGCUUCGUGUGGAGCAAAGAUCAGUUGAAGGAGAUCGAGCAGAUGAAAGAAGCCAUGGCUGAGAUGGAAGAGCAGGGUGGGGAGGCGGGAGGUGUGGCUGGGGACGCACGGGUUGGGGACGCACGGGUUGGGGACGCACAGGUUGGGGACGCACGGUUAGGGUUUGGAGCAUGGGCAGGAGGAAAUGCGGGGGGAGGAGAGGGAGCAAGCAGUGGCGAAGGGGCAAGAGCAGCAGCAGGGGCUUGGGCUGGUGCUGAUGCGUCUGCUGGCAGGGCAUUGACCGGAGACGGGGGCGUGAGGCGCCUGGAGAGAGGACGAAGCGGAGUGGGGAAGAGUGAAGCAUGGGAGGGUUUACACAGGGGAGGGGGAUCAGGACUGGACCUGUACUCUUGGGAUGGGGGGGAAGGGUGUGCGAGUCGCAAGCCAGGGCCGAAGCGGAAGGAGGGGCCGGUCAGCCAUUUUUGCCAGAACGCACGGAAGCGGAGGGAGCGGCUGACAAGGCACAUCCGGGCGCUGGAGAAGCUGGUGCCUCAGAGGGCUCGCAGCGAUGCGGCCUCUGUUCUCGAGUCCGCCAUCUCCUUCAUCAAACGCCUCUCCCGGGAGAACCAGGAUCUUCGCAGGGAAGUGGCAACGCUCCGGUCUUCAUCUGACGCCCAUCCGGCACACCUCAUGCCAAACCCUUCCCAUGCUUCCCCUGCUGCUGCUACUGGUACUGGUACUGCUUCAGCCUCUGCUGUUCUCGAUGCUGCUCCUGCCUCUGCUGCUGUGUUGGGUUCCCUGACAAUCCCAAUGGAUCCCUCUAGUCGUGCACGUGUCGCUUCUUCUGCCGCUGCUGCUGCUGCUGCUGCUGCUGCUGCUGCUGCUGCUGCCAGCCCUGUUUCUGCUUCUGCUUUUGCCCUUGGUCGUGGGUGUAGCAAUACACUCUCAGAUCCCAGUUGA